ACGGUAAUCCAAAUACGACAUACGAUCGCUUCCCCGUCAAUCCGGAAGUAAAUAGAAGCGAGAUGGUUGGCAAGGACAGCGCGUAGCAGAUGUGAUUAAUUUUGCAUCGUUUAACUAACUACCAUGCUAUCCUCUCCAUACUAUGAUAGCCAUUUUUGCCAAGCUAAGUAUUUGUAGAUAGUAAGUGGUAGUUGUAGUACUGUUGUCCUACAGUAACUAUAGUGUUUCCCAAAUAUUUUGAAUGUGAUGUGAACUGGUCUGGCUGUUCGCUAGCUACAAUGGCGAAUUAUGUUGCUUUCCAUACACGGUUAACUUCCAUCAUGAAUGUAUUAACUCAAGCGGCCAUCGCAGAAAUUUGCGCGCUUGUGGAUGAUGGCUAUGCGGUAUUACACGUGGAACUCUCUCGGAGUAAAAAAGAGAAUGAGGGACUGAAGAGGAAACUGCAGAUGAUGGAGCUGAGGAUUGCGCGAGUGUCUGUGGAGUCAACAGGACGCUCUGGUGGUGCCGCUCAGGUUUGCAAUGAAAGAACGUUAAGGGAGGAGGGUCACUUUCCAGCCACAGACUCUUCUGUUGGUGGUCAGCUGGACAGGGGCCUUUGGAAAGACGGAGAGCCCUCAGCAGUCAAUGAGGAUGCUCUUGUUCAGUCAGACUUGAAAGACAAGCCUAAAGACAUAGAGGAGGCCGACCCUGAAACACUUAUGAUCAAAAAGGAGGGACUUGAGGAGGACUUGGAGAACAGUGAUCUACAGGGAGGACUUAAGAGCAGACAGGAGAGACCUGCUGAGUCGAAAGCUGAAGAUGGGGAAAAGACUCCCGUUGUGGACACAAAGAUUGCACCUGCUGUAGACACAGAUGAGCUCAAUGAACAGCGCAGGACUGGACACAGUGUUUGGGAAGACAGUGGACUGGACACCGUCCUUAAGGUAGAGCCAGAGGACGAGACUGAAAAUGUCCUGGACACAGGAUCAGAACACAGUACAGGAAGGCUGAACAGCCUGGGCAAUGAGUAUGCUUUGUAUGAGAGAAACGGCCAGCUGGACACAUUCUUUACACAGGGAAACAGUGAAACAGAGACUGAGGGUCCAGCGUGCUCUUACACUACCAAAACCGACUCGGACAGCCUGUCCAUUCACUCAGAGCUACAGCUUGGUCCUACUACAGCAAAAGUUACUGAUAAGAAUCUGUUAUGUAUAGGCUCUCUUGAUGGGAAACAAGGUGUUUUACUUAUGGACUCUGUACCUUUUGAAGGAGAGGUGGAUAUGCGUUCUACAUGGAGCAAAGAAGCCCUGUCAGGAUCAAUUUAUACACAAUACACACAAAACAGAAAGGACUGGGAGACUCUAAAGUUGCAUCCAGAAAAGGUUUCCAACAUUUAUCCUGCACAUACCCAAAUUGUUCCAAGGGAAAGUUCAGUGGCUUUAAAAUCCAAGGUGCCAGCUAUGAAUAGAUAUGCAUCUAUUGAUAAAAGUUUUACUACAUCAGUAUGCAUGAAGACCCACAGACCAGGUACAAGAAAGAAACGGUUUAUUUGUACCUUCUGCGGAAAGGGCUUUCCGUCCCUGCACAAUCUUGAAACACAUGUGAGAGUUCACACAGGAGAGAGACCAUUUAGCUGUGCACAAUGUGGAAAGAGGUUCACUCAGUCAGGUCAUUUAAAGGCACACCAGAGUGUUCAUACAGGAGAAAGGCCAUUUAUGUGCACACAUUGUGGGAAAAGAUUUACUGGGAAACAUAACCUUAAAGUACACCAACAGAGAACUCAUUCAGCUGAAUCUAAUGUUGGAUGAGCCUCAAAAUCAGGGAUUAAAAGGUACACUUUGAGUAUCAUUUAAUGCUCAGAAAAUGGGAAGUGGCUGUUGUUUCUUUGCCUUUUGGCUAUGACUCUGGCUGGGUUGCUUUAGGUUACAUUUGAUUAGUCUAACUGGAGAGCUGAGAGGUGUGUGUGUGUGUGUGUGUGUGUGUGUGUGUGUG